GGGUUCAACGUAGGAACGUCGUCGUAAGCAUUCGAGAACUCCGAUUCCCGAACCCCUCGGAAAUGAAGAUUCGGGAUCUCAGCUCAUCCAAAGAGUCUCCUGAAAACCGACAGAGCUGACGAAAUAUAAAGUACGUACUUCGGCAGAACCUCAUCUGCCAGCUCAUCGCAUAGCCAGAACAGAAGUCCCAAGAAGUACUUAUUCAAGUACUCAAUAGCAGCAGUAGCACUCGUGACUAAUCCGUCCGAUAGCUUUGCUCCACUCUCCUUUUUAUUGCUUUUUCCACUUAACUGCUGGAGGCCAGCAAAGCCCAAAAGUCCCCAUACCAACGACGACCUCGCCUCACGUCCACAGCAAAGGAUUCCUCGCCUCCUACGAACGACAUUCCAAACGUUUCCAGUCCUACAUGCACUGAUUGCAGUCAUUCCUUUGCCGGUAAUCAGCUCUUUUUGUCUGGUUCUCGUAUCUUGGUGGAUCGGUUCCCAUCAUGUCGAGGGUACACACUCCUCGCGGCGGCACUCCGUUACGCAACCUUGGCCCUUCCUCCUCUUCCUCCCCCUUUGUUGGAUCAGCAUCCGUGGCCAGCUCCAGUAGUGCGUUCAUCGCCGCUCCUCCCUCCGCCGUCUUCGCUACACUCUCCCCCAAUGAGACCGCCUCGCGAUUGGAAACCAGCUUAACCCACGGCAUCUCGUCCUCACGCGAAGUCCAAGACCGACGGGCAUUACACGGCUCCAAUGAACUACCCCAGCCGGAACAGGACUCGAUCUACGUGCGGUUCUUCAAGCAAUUCGUCGAGUCGCCAUUGAUCCUCCUCCUACUCGGCAGUGCGGUGGUCUCGUUCUUAAUGAAAAACUAUGACGACGCGGUUAGUAUAGCGGUCGCGGUGCUCAUCGUCGUUACGGUGGGGUUCGUGCAGGAGUACCGGUCGGAGAAGAGCUUGGAGGCGUUAAAUAAGCUCGUGCCACACUUUGCACACCUUCUACGAGGACAAUCGGCAGGCGACGAUGACCUGUCGGCAGUGUCAGGAACAGCACACUCACAUGUGGUUAUGGCGGGGCAGCUCGUGCCCGGAGAUUUAGUUGUCUUUGCUACUGGCGACCGCAUCCCAGCCGAUUUACGGAUAACGCACGCUGCCGACCUCGAGAUCGACGAAUCCAAUCUUACCGGAGAAGCUGAACCUGUGCGAAAGACGACGGAAGCUGUUGCGCCGCGUUCGAUGAACCCUACACUCGGUGAGAUUCCGGUGGCGGAACGCACCUGCAUCGCGUUUAUGGGAACUCUAGUUCGCAGUGGGCAUGGCCGGGGAAUCGUCAUUGCUACCGGACAGAAGACCGAGUUUGGAUCGAUAUCGGCAAUGCUGGCGGAGAUCUCGACGCCGAGGACCCCGCUGCAGAGCUCCAUGGAUAAGCUGGGGAAGGACCUGAGUUAUGCUAGUUUUGGUGUCAUUGGGUUGAUCAUUCUGAUUGGACUGUGGCAAGGCCGCGCGUGGAUGGAUAUGUUUCAGGUUGGAGUAUCGUUAGCUGUUGCAGCUAUCCCCGAAGGUCUUCCUAUCAUCGUCACCGUAACGCUGGCUUUGGGUGUACUAAGGAUGGUCAAGAGAGGCGGAAUCGUCAGGAAGCUCCCCAGCGUUGAGACUCUGGGCUGCGUGUCCGUUGUAUGCAGUGACAAGACCGGCACGCUCACCAUGAACCACAUGGCGGUGACAAAGCUUUGGAGCUUUGACUUUCCAGGCCCCGUCGAGCGGUCAACGCUCACCUCCAGCGCGCCGGAUCAGGCGGUACGUGCUUUGAUACGCACGGCCAAUAUGUGCAACAACGCAAGACUCUCCGGCGCGACUACUGCCGCGACUUCCACUAUUGGUAUCAACGAAGACCCCUCCAGCAACAACUCUCGAUGGGUCGGCCAACCCACCGACGUAGCACUAUUGGACAUGAUGGAUGCUUUCGGCUCGGAAGAGGAUGCUCGCGAUCACUUCCAUCGUAUCACGGAGACACCCUUCUCCUCGGCAAAGAAGUGGAUGGGUGUCGUUGCAAGCGACAAUUCUCAGGACUCUGGUGUUGCGUCGGUGUACAUCAAGGGCGCAUUGGAACAAGUUCUCUCCAAGUGUGAUACAUACCUGACCAAAGAUGGACGGGAGGUUGUGUUGGACGAUGCACGUCGGAGUACUGCACUUGCAGCCGCCGAAUCAAUGGCCGAGGAGGGUCUCCGAGUCCUCGGAUUCGCAAAGGGAACAACCAAAAUCGCCAGGAAUGACACAAACAACGACGAGGCUUACACGGGAUUGACGUUUACCGGCUCGGUGGGAAUGUACGACCCGCCGCGGCCGGGAGUCGAAGACGCGAUCCGCCGGCUCAUGCGCGGCAGCGUCAAGGUCAUCAUGAUCACCGGCGACUCGGAGAUUACCGCCACCGCAAUCGGACGAAAACUCGGAAUGCCGCUGCUUCCCAGCGGGCAAGGUCCCAACGGCAUGGUCAAAUCGGUCCUGCGUGGGGAAGACAUCGACCAGAUGUCGGACUCGCAGUUGCGACAGGUUAUGGGAACCACCAGUAUCUUUGCUCGCACUAGUCCGGAGCACAAGAUGAGACUCGUUCGGGCUCUGCAGGCUAACAAGGAGGUCGUCGCCAUGACUGGAGACGGUGUUAACGAUGCUCCGGCGCUCAAGAUGGCGGAUAUUGGUAUCGCAAUGGGAAUCAUGGGAACCGAUGUUGCCAAGGAAGCGUCGGACAUGAUCCUUAGCAACGACAACUUCUCGACCAUACUUGCCGCCAUCGAGGAGGGAAAGGGCAUCUUCUACAACAUUCAAAACUUUUUGACAUUUCAGCUCAGCACUAGUGUUGCCGCGCUGAGUUUGGUUCUCCUCAGCACGUUCUUUGGUCUCAAGAACCCGUUGAACCCCAUGCAGAUCUUGUGGAUCAGUACGUUUUCCCAGCAUCACCCCAGGGAGUAGAGUAGUCACAGCUAGCUAACGGACGAUGCAGACAUCCUAAUGGACGGGCCACCC